UGUACGCCCACACCCUCCAUUUCAAUUUACUUCUUUGUGAUUUAUUUGCUCAUAAUAUUUCUUCACUUGGCUCGAGUUGAGACCAAAUCCCAAUCUUAUUGCCCAAACGAAUUCCUCCUCUGUGGCAACCAUAGCCUUCCUACUUUUCCUUUCACAAACAAGUCACUACCUCAUUGUGGGUUGUUAAUGUUAGAUUGUAAUGCUAAACCAUGCAAUCCAACACUUGAAUUAGUUGGCAAGCUAUAUAACACUGUCGAAGUCGGGGAUACCGAUGUAGUGAUGCUUUCCGAUCCAAUCCUCAACGAUCACUUGCAGAAUCGGAGCUGUGAUUCUUUCAAUUGGAACUCAUCAUCAACAUCAUUUCCCAAUUCGUCUUCGAUCUCAUUUGAGGUGCCCUCCUUCCAAUUCCUUUUCUUGUUCAAAUGCGACAAGAAUUUGUCACACUAUAGUCGGCGCAAGAUGGAUAGUUAUUUUAAAGGAUACCGGAGCUACUCUAAUUGCAGAAACUUUACUCUAUACUACAAAGAAAAUCAGGAUACUAUUGCUCAUGGCAGAGUUCCUAAGGAUUGUUCACUUAUUCAAUUGCCAUUUGACAACACAACCAAAAGUAAUGACUUAUUUGAGAGGUUAACUCCUCAGAUUGUCAUCUUUUGGAAAGUGUCCAAAGAAUGUUCAGAUUGUCACAAUAGAGGAGGCCAGUGCCAAUCUAAUAGCAACAACAGUUUCAAGUGUUUAGAAGGAAAACAAAAUGUGAUUAUAGAAAAGAGAAAGCCGGACAUUAAUGGAAUAACAAGAAAAAUUAAUAAGUCGUCGUCAAAAGUGAAGUUGAUACCAAUAACAGGUGAAUAUUUUCUUUUAACAAUACUUUAG